AUGAAAGAAAACAUAAAGAAAUUUCGUGAAGAGGCCAAAAAACUAGAAGAGUCUGAUGCACUCCAACAAGCCAGGAAAAAAUAUAAAACAAUUGAGUCUGAGACUGUAAAAACAUCAGACGCACUAAAGAAGAAAUGGGAAAAUCUGACCGAAACUGUCAAAGAGGGGUUUGAAGAGGUCACUCGAACAGACAUUGGGAAAAAAAUCAAAGAAGGUGUUGAAGAGGCAGCCAAAACUGCAAAGACCUCAGCCGAAACUGUCUCCAAAAGUGGCGAGAAGCUCGGAAAGACUAGUGCUUUCAAGGCAAUAUCCCAGAGUGUAGAAAGCAUGAAGAAAGAGAUUGGUGAUAUGGGUGACAGGGGUCCAUAUCGACCACCCCCGAGACUGAGGAAAAGGACAGAGUUUUCAUCUAAAGCUGCGGGGGUGGAAGGAAAGGUCUUCGAAGCCAAUGAGGAAGCUAUGGGCAUUGUGCUUCAUAAAGACUCAAAAUGGUACCAGCAGUGGAAGGAUUUUAAAGACAACAAUGCGGUAUUCAACCGGUUCUUUGAGAUGAAAAUGAAGUUUGAUGAGAGUGACAAUGCUUUUAUCAGAGCCUCACGUGCUGUUACGGAUAAAAUGACUGAUGUAAUUGGUGGUUUGUUCUCAAAGACCGAAAUGUCUGAGGUGCUGACAGAGAUUUUGAAGGUGGACCCUAGCUUUGAAAAAGAUACAUUUCUUAAACAAUGUGAACGUGACAUUAUUCCCAAUAUACUAGAGGCUAUGAUCAGAGGGGAGUUGGAGAUUUUAAAGGACUGGUGCUAUGAAGCAACAUACAGUCAGCUUGCUCACCCAAUUCAGCAAGCGAAAGCCAUGGGUCUUCAGUUCCACUCAAAGAUCUUGGACAUAGAUAAUAUUGAUUUGGCCAUGGGGAAGAUGAUGGACCAGGGCCCGGUGUUGAUCAUCACUUUCCAGGCUCAGUUAGUGUUGGUGAUUAGAAACACUAAAGGAGAUGUUGUGGAAGGGGACCCAGACAAAGUGCUCCGGAUGAUGUAUGUUUGGGCCUUGUGUCGUGACCAAGACGAGCUAAACCCAUAUGCUGCUUGGAGACUACUUGACAUUUCUGCAUCGAGCACAGAACAGAUUCUGUAG